GUGGACUCGGGCCGCUGCCGCCAUCCCGCUGGCGAGAGGGAGAGAGAGAGAGAGAGAGAGAGAGAGGCCCGCCCGCUCGCUCGCCGGUCGGGCCAGUGUGGGCCAGUGCGUGAGGGCGCGGGGGGCCGUGUCAGCGAGACGCAGAGCGCAGCCGCCACCGCCAAACGGACAUGUUGGAGCCCAGCGCCGCCGCCGCCGCCUCCUUUUCCUCAUCCUCCGAACGGGACUGAGAGGGGGCCCGCCACCCUCCGCCUCGGCCGCCCGCCCCGCCGCCUCGGCCGCAGCCGCUUCCUGCCCGGCCUCUGGCUCCGCCGCUCGCCGCCCUCCCCCCCGCCCCUCAGGCCCGGCCGGUUCCCCGGCCCCGCUCCGCCGCGGCGCGAGGUCUAUGUGACCGGCGGGCCCGGAGCAGCCGCCGCCGCAGCGCGAACAUGGACGCCGUCAACGCCUUCAACCAGGAGCUCUUUUCACUUAUGGAUAUGAAACCUCCCAUCUCUCGAGCCAAGAUGAUUCUUAUCACUAAAGCUGCUAUUAAAGCUAUUAAGCUUUAUAAGCAUGUAGUUCAAAUAGUAGAAAAGUUCAUCAAAAAGUGUAAACCAGAGUACAAGGUUCCUGGAUUAUAUGUAAUUGACUCAAUUGUACGACAGUCUCGUCAUCAGUUUGGAACUGAUAAAGAUGUUUUUGGGCCAAGAUUCUCUAAAAACAUAACCGCCACAUUCCAAUAUUUAUAUCUUUGUCCAUCUGAAGAUAAGAGCAAAAUAGUUCGUGUACUGAACCUUUGGCAAAAAAAUGGAGUAUUCAAAAUUGAAAUUAUCCAGCCUCUUUUGGACAUGGCUGCAGGAACCAGUAAUGCUGCCCCAGUAGCAGAAAAUGUUACGAAUAAUGAAGGUUCACCUCCACCUCCAGUUAAAGUUUCUUCUGAACCUCCCCAAGCCACUACAAACUCUGUACCAACUGUACCACAGUUGCCUAGCUCUGAUGCUUUUGCUGCUGUGGCCCAGCUCUUUCAGACGACUCAAGGUCAACAGCUUCAGCAGAUCCUUCAGACUUUUCAACAGCCUCCAAAACCACAGUCUCCGGCCAUUGACAAUGCUGUGAUGGCUCAGGUCCAGGCUAUCACAGCUCAGUUAAAGACAGCUCCUGCACAGCCACCUGAACAAAAAGCUGCUUUCCCCCCACCUGAGCAAAAAACUGCAUUUGACAAGAAGCUACUUGAUAGAUUUGAUUAUGAUGAUGAACCAGAAGCUGUGGAAGAAUCAAAGAAGGAAGAUGCCGCCGCCGCCGCCGCCGCCGCCGCCGCCGCCACCACCGCCACCACCACCGCCACACCUCCUGUGGCAGUUGCUCCUCCAGCGCCCACCGCCACCGCGCCCACCACCACACCUGCCGCUUCCCCUCCACAGGCACCCUUUGGGUUUCCUGGAGAUGGCAUGCAGCAGCCAGCAUAUACACAACAUCAAAAUAUGGAUCAGUUUCAGCCUCGAAUUAUGGCAAUACAGCAGGAUCCAGUGCACCAUCAGGUUCCACUUCCUCCUAAUGGACAGAUGCCAGGAUUUGGCCUUCUUCCUACACCUCCAUUUCCUCCCAUGGCUCAGUCUGUGAUUCCUCCAACUCCACCCGUGCAGCAGCCUUUCCAAGCUUCUUUCCAGGCACAAAAUGAACCACUUACACAGAAGGCACAUCAGGAAAUGGAAGUAGAACAGCCUUGUAUUCAAGAGGUUAAGCGGCACAUGUCUGAUAACAGAAAGUCAAGAUCUAGGUCAGCAUCCAGGUCACCAAAAAGAAGGCGAUCUCGAUCUGGCUCUAGAUCUCGAAGGUCCCGUCAUCGACGUUCUCGAUCUCGGUCCAGAGAUAGACGCCGGCAUUCUCCUAGAUCUCGGUCCCAAGAAAGGCGAGAUAGAGAAAAAGAAAGAGAACGCCGACAAAAAGGGCUUCCUCAAAUCAAACCAGAAACUGCGAGUGUUUGUAGCACUACACUCUGGGUGGGACAGCUGGACAAAAGGACUACUCAACAGGAUGUUGCCAGUCUCUUAGAAGAGUUUGGUCCAAUUGAAUCAAUUAAUAUGAUUCCUCCCAGAGGUUGUGCCUAUAUUGUUAUGGUUCAUAGGCAAGAUGCUUAUCGUGCCCUGCAGAAACUGAGCCGAGGAAACUAUAAAGUGAACCAGAAAUCCAUAAAGAUUGCCUGGGCUUUGAACAAAGGAAUAAAGGCAGAUUAUAAGCAGUAUUGGGAUGUAGAACUGGGUGUUACUUAUAUUCCAUGGGACAAAGUCAAGCCUGAAGAACUGGAGAGUUUUUGUGAAGGAGGGAUGUUGGACAGUGAUACACUUAAUCCAGAUUGGAAAGGAAUUCCCAAGAAGCAUGAAAAUGAAGUUGCUCAAAAUGGAGGGGCAGAAACCUCACAUACAGAACCAGUAUCACCCAUACCUAAACCUUUACCAGUGCCUGUCCCUCCUAUUCCUGUUCCUGCACCUAUAACAGUGCCACCUCCACAGGUCCCACCACAUCAGCCUGGUCCUCCUGUAGUUGGUGCUCUUCAGCCGCCCACUUUCACACCUCCUUUGGGCAUUCCCCCUCCUGGUUUUGGCCCUGGUGUUCCUCCUCCACCACCUCCUCCACCAUUUUUGCGCCCAGGAUUUAAUCCGAUGCAUUUGCCACCAGGUUUUCUUCCUCCUGGACCCCCACCUCCUAUAACUCCACCAGUAUCCAUUCCUCCUCCUCACACUCCACCAAUAAGCAUCCCAAACUCUACUAUCGCUGGUAUAAAUGAAGACACUACAAAAGACUUAUCUAUUGGAAAUCCCAUUCCAACAGUGGUGUCUGGGGCUAGAGGAAACGCCGAGUCUGGUGACAGUGUGAAAAUGUAUGGCUCUGCUGUGCCACCUGCUGCACCCACGAAUCUGCCCACCCCUCCUGUAACCCAGCCUGUUUCACUUCUUGGUACUCAAGGAGUUGCCCCUGGCCCUGUAAUUGGGCUCCAGGCACCAUCCACUGGUCUUCUUGGAGCCCGACCCGGCCUGAUCCCACUUCAGCGCCCUCCAGGAAUGCCUCCGCCUCACUUACAGCGAUUUCCCUUGAUGCCACCUCGUCCCAUGCCACCACAUAUGAUGCAUAGAGGUCCACCUCCAGGACCUGGGGGCUUUGGAAUGCCUCCACCUCACGGGAUGAAAGGCCCCUUUCCACCUCAUGGCCCCUUUGUUAGGCCUGGCGGAAUGCCAGGGCUUGGGGGCCCAGGGCCAGGCCCAGGGGGUCCUGAAGACAGAGACGGAAGGCAGCAACAAGCACAGCCACAGCAGCCGCCACCGCCACAGCCACAGCCGCAGCAGCCGCCACCAGCGCAGCAGCCACCACCAGCUCAGCAGCAACCACAGCCGUUUAGAAAUGAUAACAGGCAGCAGUUCAAUUCAGGUAGAGACCAAGAGAGGUUUGGAAGAAGAUCUUUUGGAAAUAGGGUGGAAAAUGACCGGGAACGGUAUGGGAACCGUAAUGAUGAUAGAGAUAAUAGUAAUCGUGAAAGGAGAGAGUGGGGAAGAAGGAGCCCUGACCGGGACAGGCACAGAGACUUGGAAGAGAGAAAUAGACGCUCUAGUGGGCAUCGAGACAGAGAGAGAGAUUCUAGAGAUAGAGAGUCUCGUAGAGAAAAGGAAGAAAACCGAGGAAAGGAGAAGCCUGAGGUGACAGACAGGGCAGGUGGUAACAAAACCAUUGAACCUCCCAUUAGCCAAGUGGGAAAUGUAGACACUGUUUCAGAACUUGAUAAGGGGGAGUCUGAGUCUGCAGUUGUAAAACCUUCUGAAGAGUUACCUGCUGAGGCUACCUCAUCCGUUGAACCCGAAAAGGAUUCUGGCUCAGCAGCAGAGGCUCCUCGUUAGAGACUGGAAUUUGUCAAAAUGUGACAGUGACACUUCUGGAGUGUAGAGCUUGAGGUGUACAGAUGCUGUAUUAUAUUUGCUCCUGCUAUAUCACAGCCCCGCAGUAGUUGGUGGGGAAUUGUAAGCAAUUUGAUUGCUUCCCUUCUAUUUAAAAAUAGCCACAAAAUAACAAAAAAUACUGAAAAUAUGAAUAAAUAUUACCCUUUUUGCUGUAACUUUUUAAAAGUUUUGACUUUAAAAAGUUUACAAAUCGUAAUUAGAAGUGCUCUCUAUUUUUUUUUUUUUAAUUUAAGACAAGGUAACGGUGAAAGCUCCUCAAAACAAUAGGGAUGUUUUUAAUAAACUCUAUUUUCAUAACAAACUUUAAUGUGUGCUAUUCUUCCUACACUGCACUAAGGUGGAAAAGGAUUGUUCACCAUCAAAGUUUGAGCUGUUAAUACUGUAUUGGGAGUCUAAAUUAGACUUGUUUAUUUGAUGGAAAUAGACAUCUUUAUGUAGUUCUUCUCAAACACUUUCAUUUGUAAUAUUUUUGAAUUUUAGCCUUUCAAUCAUAAGGUGUAAAGGUUAGUUUUAAUGUUAAUUGAAAAGCUUGUUAGUUUUGCAGUUCAAUCAAGGUUAUCUUUCUUGCCAUUGGCUUUGUGGUAAAUGUUGCCCUAAUUAAUUUGUAAAGAGAGAUUUUGCUGGGGGAAAACUGGAUCCCAAACUACCCGAUUGUACUAUAGAAUUAUCUGAUUGCCUGGGUAUUACUUAUUUAGAAGGUUGAGUGUUUUCUUACCAUCCCAUUAAAUUUUUCAGAAGGGUGAAAGAAAUCAAGGUUAACAUUUGCAACCUAAAAGCUUUUUGUCUUAUUUUAUAUGUUUAAGGACUUAAAUGCAACCUGUUGUUUCCUUAUAAGCCUUGACUGUUGCCUUUCUUUACCAUUUUUUAAACUCCCCUGCUGGGCAGAGGUAGACUGAACUUUUUGUCACAUACAAGAACAUAUAUUUUCUUUUGCUUAAAAUGGUUGGGUCAACUAGGAAAAAUAGAUGUAGGUUUCCAAGAACUAUUACGUGAAGACAUCCAAAGCCAAAUCAAACCUAUAUCUAAAAAGUACAGAAAAGCAGUUCCACAAAACUGCUUUCCCCAGUGCCAAGGAAAAGACCUGUUGUUACACAAUCCAAGUAUUUAUGGCCUUGUUGAAGGUUUUUUUUUUUUUUUGUUUUUGUUUUUUACAUUUUUAAACUGUCCUAAUUUUGGUACAUUGAGCAGGUAACUUCUUUGCCCUCAUCCCCAGGUGAAGCUGCUUUAUUACUUUGGUUUUUAAGUAGUAGUCUACAGCAAGAUCUUUGUUUUGAUGGGGAAAAUGUAUCUAGGACAAUGUUCUUGUGUUCCUGACUUGAGAAAAUCCAGGUUGUUAUCUACACUUGAAUUAUAAAACUUGUCCUUCGUUUGUUGGCCCACCUGAGAGGUUUAAGAGUCCUAACUGAAACUGCUUCUUACGUAAAGAAAUCUACAUCUGAUUAUUUAGUGUUCAGAUUUCAAGGACUUAAAACCCAAAACCCGUAUUUCCAUUUUUAAGUAUUGGAACCACCCUAUUUGCACAUGACAAGACCUCCCCCCAUAGUACUAACUGGUAGUGAUUACACUUAAGACUUUGAAGGUCAGAAGUGAGGCCCAGUAGGAGUCUUCUCCCACAUACGUGCACCAAAAUUGUACCCUAGUGAAAUCCAUUACGGUUUUUGAAUUCUGGCUGUGAUUUUAACCACUUCUGAGGAUGUUUUAUCACCAAUUUUAAUACUUUGAAAAACACUACAAAUUGUCUUUUGCCAAAUUGGCUUUUCCUCUCCUCACCAAUAUCCUACAUUUGGUAAGUGUACCAUAUAUUUAUGAUCAGAAUUGUAACAUUUCUUCUGGUUUAUCAGAAAUAAUAUUCUACAGCUUUCAAUUAAUGAACUGUAAUCCCCAGUCAAACCUGAAUUAACAUUUCAUUUAAAAGCAGUUUCUCAUAGGUAUAUAGUAUUUACAAUAAGAGAACUAGACUUUAAUUGGAUGUGUAAAAUCUUAAGGAGCCAUAACAUUUCCUUGGUUCCAUCUUAUAAUGCUACGGUAUCUUUCUUUAAACGGCUAAUCUGAAAGCAGACUGUGCCAACCUCUACUCUUACUAUAAACUAAAUAAAUGUUCACAGGUGUAAGAUAUGUGGAAUACAUGCUAUUUUGGCAGGUAGGUGAAUUUUUUCUUAGCUGAGGCUAUAACUUGCUGUUCACAAUUUUGCUACCAGUUAUCAAAGGGUUCUCUCAAACCAUAACAUCUACUUUUUAAAAUAAACUUACCUACUUUUUGAAUAAAAAAGCUAAAGUAGCUAAUCAGGGAGACCACCUUAAUUUCCCCCAAAGCUGACAAAAAGGAGAUGAGAUCUGUCCAACCAAGAUUCCAGUUGAGGUUAGUGUUAGCUAAAAGACCAAGCUGCUAAAAAUUUAAACAUCUUCCCUCAUUUAAAACACUUUAAAAAGCGAC